GUAAAUUAGAAUUUUUAUCGUCAUCGUGUUUUAAAGCAGUUCAACCUAUAGGCCUGGAAUGUCAGUUUCUCUUGAUUUAGGCGAAGAUUCGACUUUGAAUAAAGCAAAGAGAAUGGUUGAAUAAACGUAAAUCUACAAUCCGUCCUAUUGGAACCUUUUUCAACUCCGCGAACUUCCAGUAUUAUGGGUGUACUGCCUGGUGACAUCUCCUCUGCUCCUUGUUGUGAUGGCUGCAGCUGGUGGGGCCUGCUAUUUUAUCUCAGUAAAGAAUCAAGAACAGAAGAUAACUGUUGCAGGACAUGAGAUAUCUCUGGCGGGCCAGUACGGAUUAGUUCUUCUCUGCAGUAUUCCUCUGCUUCUAAUAGCAGGCGCUGGAGGGGUCGUCUUCUGGGUUCUAGGGGCUUCUUUGUUCUGUAUAUCCCUUCAUGCUGGAUUCUACAACUACGAUGCUCUUGAUGUUCCAGAAGACCAGGAGCCCCUGACUGGAACAAUUGUUGAAGAAGUCUAACUCUUGGAUCCUGAACAGAGUACGCUGUAUGUUCACUGUACAGUGUACGCUGUACACCUCUGCAAUAAGAGACUACGUGAAGCAAUAGUUACCUACUCUGAUUGGUUGUAUUGUAGAUUAAUCUCUUAAGAUUUGGAUCGAUUUAAUUGCCCCUGAUUGGUCAAUUUCACAAAUUAAAUUUGUUUGGUUAGA